CGCAGUGCCGCCGCCGCUUCUGGCGGGGAUGGCGGUGCUCUGGCCCUUCGAUAAGCUUCCGCAGCUCAACUCCGCCGUCCUUCUGUUGGUGGGCUCGGACGAAGCGCUGCAGCAGCAGCUGGCAGAGGCGAUCCUCCGGGAGAAGAAGGAUUGCAAGAUUAGUAUUCACCUUGCUACGUCCCUCCCCUUACCUUCAGAGGGGGAUCACUUUCGGCCCAGGAUAGAUCUGAUUGUGUUUAUGAUUGACAUCAAGAGCAAAUACAGCUUGAAGAACAUUGAAGCUUCCCUAGCUUAUGUGGAUGCCAACUUCUUCCUGGGGAAAGUGUGCUUUCUUGUCACUGGGGUUGGCAGGGUGAAUUACUGCAGUGUAGAGAUGAAUGCCAUCUGGAAACUGGGAGAAGUCUACUGCAGUCCUGUGCUAUUCUGUGAGCUGGAGUUGGAAGGGAUACAAGUUGCCACCGCUCAGCGACUUCUCCGGAUGUUGCAGAUCUGUGCUGGUCGUGUACCAGGAGUUUCUGCCUUGUCCUUUGGCUCACUGAUAAGGAAUUACAGUGAUUAAUAGCUUCUCAUUGUGAGAAUUCAGCCACGUUCAUCAGUGCUUUCACUUCAGGCAUUCAAGCUACUGCAGUUGGAAUCACAUUGGGAAGCUUUUUUUUCCUGACUUGUGGUGACCACUCAUCCGGAGUUGUUCCUAGUUGUUAAUCUCUCAAGAAAAGCUUGAUCCCUGUUCAGUGGAUAACACAAGUGCUGGAGGGAGGGCAGCUUGAACUGGAGAUUCUUGUUACAUCUGAAUCUCAUUUCAUGCUUGAGUUUGCGUUUCUUCCACGUCCCUGGUGUCCAGGAGCUACAUGUUUUCCUGAGAUAAUAUCAGAACAACAGGACACUGUCGCAAACACGGCAUGUCAUGGUUAAAUGUCCUCCAAGAACUAGACAAGGAGGAGCAGGUUCUUGCUUUCUUUCAGUUGAAAUGUAGCACCUUGGACUGAUGUGAAGCCUAACUGACAGGUUUUGUCUCCCUCCUCAAGAGAAGACUGGAUAAAGAGGCUGUCCUGAAGCCUCUAGAUAGACUGCAAUUGGCAGUUGAUAAUCCAACUGGGUGAGUGUCUGCCUGGUGAAGGUGUACCUGAUACCCAACUGGGGAGAAGACAGUUUAUCACUUUAGCUUUCUUUUAAGCCUUUAAAGAAAAAGGUUCCAUCAAUCAAGCCCAGAAAAACAAGCAACCCCAGUCUACCAAACCCAGGAUAACCCUGGCCAACCCAUCCUUCAGGGCUGACCAGAGGUGAAACACAGCAGGCUAGACUAUGGCAACAUGCAGAAAUCUCUUGCUGUCUCUUGCAAGUUGAGCGUAUGCUGUGUUUAAUCUUUCAAGUAACAGUUUCUUAUUCACAGUAAUCUAUGCCUCACUCUUAGUGCAAGUCAGUAGUGUGUUUUCGAGAUUCAAG